CUGACCUGUCUCUUUGCUCGGCCACAGUCGUGUGGUGAUGUCUUGACCAAGAAGAAGCUCGACCCGCACAGAAACCGUUGUCGAGGUGCCACCUUUACCUGCAUCGAUUGUAUGGUAUACUUCCCCGGCACCGAGUAUCGUUCCCAUACCAGUUGCAUGAGCGAGGCCCAAAAGUACCAGGGAGCACUCUACAAGGAAAAGAACAACAAUAAGAAGAACAACAACAAGCCGAACAAUAUCCUGCCGCAGAACGUACCCCUCCCCGAACCUGAAGCCAUGGCUCAGCCCGCAUACGUCGAGGACGUCCCCGAGGACGUCUUCGAGACCUACGAAUACCAGGGCGGCGGUAGCGACGACGGAAACUCCCCCGUCGACCUACUCCCCGAAGCACCUACGCCCCCCUCCGCCGUCGGGAACGACGGCAACCUCAACGUCUUCGACUUCCUCGACGCUUCAGCAACGCCCAACGCAUCCACGCUCCAACUCGGCCAAAGACAAGCAAACGAGGAAACACAACUGGUCCGCUAUGAGGCCAGCGCCUACCUCGACGAGUCCGGCGAGAUGGUCGACGAGGACCCCCAGGCCUUGGUCCAAUACGGCACCGGCGCCAUUCCCCUCGACCCCUACGAGACGCCCGCCCCCAAGCACGAGCGGAGGAGGAGAGACGGGAGCGAGAAGAAGGACAAGAAGCGCAAGCGCCUCCACGUCGACACCGACCAGAUGAUGAUCGACGCACCGCCCACCCUCGCACACUCCGGCCUCACCGGCGGCAUCAACCGCAUGAUGCGUCCCGUCUUCCCGCCCUCGCCCGAUUUCUCCGGCGGCGACGCCGACCCAUCUCCCCUGAGCCCGCUCAAGAAGACCAAGCACUCGAAGCACAAGAAGUCCGAGGGCGGCGGCAUCGGCAACAACCUGCUCUCCCUGAUGAACUUCAACACCAGCAGCAGCAAGACCAAGACCAAGAAGCGCAAGACUACGUCCUCCUCCAAGAAACAUUCCGCCCACCGCCACCGCGACGGCGAGAAGGCCCCCAAGCUGAUCGAGUACCGCCCCGGCUCCCGCGACAGCAAGAAGGACGGUGACGACGGCAACCAGAUGGUCGUCUACCGCCCGCGCGCCGACCUCUUCCUCUCCUUCGUCAACAAGGGCCCCGAGAGCGAGCGCGGCUGCAGCAUGAACAAAGCCCUGAAGCGCUUCCACCGCGAGCGCAGCGCCUCCAACGACGGCCUCAGCAAGCUCAUGGAGGAGAAGGAACUCUGGCGGUCCCUGCGCAUGAGACGCAACGACCGCGGCGAGAUCGUCCUCUUCACUGCGUAA